AAGCAUAUGAUCCUGCAGGACGGAAAAAGAAACAUUUCAUCCAUUCCGUCUGUUAUUUGAGCAAAUAUAAGAAAAAAGACAAAAUGCCUGGACGGGGGAAAUUAAUCGCCGUUAUAGGGGAUGAAGACACGUGUACCGGAUUCCUCCUCGGAGGGAUCGGAGAGCUGAACAAAAACCGAAAACCCAAUUUCUUGGUGGUGGAAAAGGACACUAGCAUCACAGAGAUAGAGGAGACCUUCAAGAGUUUCCUGGCUCGCAGUGACAUUGGCAUCAUCCUCAUCAACCAGUUCAUCGCAGAGAUGAUUCGUCAUGCUAUAGAUGCCCACAUGGAGUCAAUCCCAGCCGUUCUGGAGAUUCCUUCAAAAGAGCAUCCGUAUGACGCCUCCAAAGAUUCCAUCCUGCGACGGGCCAAGGGCAUGUUUUCAGCAGAGGACUUCCGAUAAGCCGAUACCCCUGUGGGGUCACGGUCUGACCCGCGGGCAGACGUGAGAGUAAACGAGUUUUACUUCUUGAUCUCAUCCAUCUUGCUGAAGCUGGAACCAGUAUUAUAAAGAUUAAAUAAUGAUGUGUUGUUAAUGUGAUAUUCUGUGAUGUGUAUUUUACCAUUCCCCAAGUUUGAAGAAGAGGACAUUUUUUGUCAAUGCUCCUAAUAAUAAUUAAGUUAUGUAUAAUAUAAUUAAUUAUAUUAUAUAUAAAAAUGACAAAAAAGAUAUGUGUUAUUUUACCCGUUGUGUAAUAGACAUUAUAUAACACAAGAAUUUAUUAUAAAUGCUGUCUAUACCUUUAAUUUUUAAAUUCUUUAAUUUGAAAGCUGGUAAUAUUGGACUGCAAAACCACCGUUCACUUAUUGACCCCAUUUAAAUCAGUCUCAAAUAACUUAAAAUGCUAACUGGACAUCUUUGGAUCUCUGACAUCUGUAAAUAAUAUGAUGUGCUAUAAAUGCACAUUUUGUCAUUGUAUUGGCUGACACUUCGAGCACUGCAAAGAGCUUUACAUGGUGGGAUGUAAUUAAAAUUUGUUAACUUAUGUCUU